AUGCCGUAUAACACAACGGCAAUUCCGCCUCGCAAGGAGGUUACGGGCCAAACUCAAUUGCCCUUAUCACGAGUGAAGAAGAUUGUAGCACAGGACCAGGACAUUGGCAUAUGUUCCAACAACGCCGCAUUCGUCAUCACACUCGCAACUGAGAUGUUCAUCCAAUACCUAGCCGGCGAAAGCUUCACCAUGGCCAAACUUGGCAAGCCCCGCCGCAACAUCCAGUACAAGGACCUUGCAGCCGCCGUCUCGCACCAAGACAACCUCGAGUUCCUCGAGGACGUGAUCCCCAAGACAGCACCAUACAAGCAGAUCAAAGCGCAAGCAGCUGCUACGCGAAACCAGCUCAGCAGCGGCACACCCGGUAUCGAACGGGUAGGCGACAAGCAGCGCGAGGUACCAGCGACGAAUGGAGGGGGUUCGGCGAAGAAGCACAGACCUAGCACCAGUCGUUCGAGCUUAAAUGGAGGCAGCUUCGUGGGCGCUAGUGGUGCUCGGAUCAUGAGCGAUGACGAUGGUGCGGAGAUGGACCCGGCGGAUCAACUGCAUCAUGAAAUGCGGCAGGCGAAUCAAGAAGAGGAUGAGGAUGUCCAAAUGAGUGGAUAG